AUGGGCACGCGUCGGAUAUCAACGGAGCAUGGCAGUUUCACACUUUUUUUCACGAGACGGAGUCCCUUUUCAAAUUUCCACCCGGCAAAGUUCGAAGCAAGAGGGAUAGAUCUUAGAUGGCAGAUCUUCAAUUGUGUGGAACAGUUCUACGAGUACAACAAAGCUGUUACUUAUCAUUGUUAUAAGGAAAGCGAAGAUAUGAUGUUGGAAAAGGAUCCAAAAGUCAUAAAGUCGAUGGGAGCAUAUUUAAAAGAUCAUGAUGGCAGGUGGGACAUUGAAUGGCAGUUUUUGAAACAAGCCGUUAUGAACCGCGCCUUGGAAGCGAAGUUUUCACAGAAUGAACACUUACUGUAUCUCCUAUUUCUGACAAAAGAUACUCGACUUGUCGAAUGUUCUCCUACAGAUGCUGUAUGGGGAAUUGGGAUAUCUAUUGACGACAUUCAAGCAGGCAAUCCGAAUCAGUGGAAAGGCCAAAAUUUGUUGGGUAACAUAAUGGGUACUGUUAGAGACAGAUUGUGGAAUGAUCAUAAAUACAGAAAAAUAAGAGGUCAAGCAGAGUUAACGAUCAGGACGAGUAAAAAUAUUCUAAAUGAUUUCGAAAUCGCUCUCGCGACAGCACAUAGGUACGAUUUUGAUCAAAUGAGCGAUGUGAGAAGCGAUCUUGACGGAUACUAUAAUUAUAAAAAACGAAGUUUCAACAUGCUCAAUUCACAAUCACACGAUGAACUCGACACUCUUACAUCGAAACGGAUGCGAAUGUCCAGCCCAAUCAGAGAACCAUAUCAUAAUUCGCGACCUAGUCGAGUACCCAACAAAAUUAAUCUUAACAAAACAAAAAGACAUCGCUCAGAUUCCCCUUCACCAGUUCGUAGAGUUGCCAUAGUGGAGACAGAUCUCAGAAUCAAAAGAAAAUAUUAUUCUCAAGAUCAAGAGGAAGAAAAGGAGUCUGUGGAAAAGCGAGACAACACUAUAUCUUCAAUUCCCUCAAAGGUAGGGAUUGAUAUGAAGAAUGUCGAAAAGAACACAGAGAUGUUUUGCGGGAUAGAAUCCGGACAAAUUAAUAAGAGAGUUAGUGGGAGCGCUAUAUGUUCCACAGGAAUUGGGAACAAGGAAAACAAACUUAUGAGUGACGUGCCAAGCCUGAACAAGAAAAACGAAAGAAUGGCGACAAUCGAUGUUCUUAUGAGCAAAAUGGGAAGUCUGGUUUAG